AUGAAGGAUAAGACAUUUAUUUGUGCGCUACACGACGAUAUUCGAUUGGAUAUGUCGGUUGAUCGACUGGAUACACUGCGUCGUAUCUAUGUGGAGCGUGAAGAGAAUCAGCUGAUCGCGAAACUUUUCCAAAGCACUGAUUCAACCAAAUUGACACUUCGAGUCGGAACAUUAAUAUUCCACCAGAUCGGUCAAUUGUUGCCAGAACAGUUGAAAUCAUUCCACAAUAGCGAUUUCAUCUUUCCGAUUGGCUAUAGUGUGACGCGUAUCUUCUGGUCACCGUUCAACGCCACAGAACGAAUGCGUUUCGAUUGCUCGAUUCGAGAUAAUAAAUCGCACGCUGAGUUUGUGAUCGCUUACGACACGAAUCGUGAAAUAAGGGAAUCAUCUGCGACA